AUGUGGCAACCUCUUCAGUACCUGCGAAGUGAGAUGAGGAUAUUGAUCUGUGAUAUCGCAGUGUUUCACCAGUGGGAGUCAUCAGUUUGUUGUGUUUUUUCCCCACAGAGAGAAACCAAGGGCCAGUUCCUGGUGGAUCAUGUGUGUAACCAUUACAGCCUCCUGGAGAAGGACUACUUUGGCAUCAGAUAUGUCGACCCAGAGAAGCAGAGGCACUGGCUGGAGCCCAAUAAACCCAUAGUGAAGCAGAUGAAGUCUCAGCAGCCCUACACAAUGUGCUUCCGGGUCAAAUUCUACCCUCACGAGCCAAUGAAGAUCAAAGAGGAGCUCACCAGGUAUCUACUCUAUCUGCAGCUGAAGAGGGACGUCUACCACGGGCGUCUCUUGUGCCCCUUCGCUGACGCAGCCUACCUGGGGGCCUGUAUUAUACAGGCUGAACUAGGGGACUAUGACCAAGACGAACACCCACCAGACUACAUCCAAGACUUCAAACUGUUCCCCAAGCAGUCGCUUAAACUGGAGAGGAAGAUCAUCGAUAUUCACAAGAACGAGCUGAGGGGGCAGUGUUCUGCUGUGGCCGAGCUUCAUCUCCUCCAGAGGGCACACAACCUGGAGACAUACGGAGUGGACCCUCACCCCUGCAAAGACUUCACAGGAUCCACAGCCUUCCUGGGAUUUACAGCCACUGGGUUUGUGGUGUUCCAGGGAAACAAGAGAAUCCACCUGCUCAAAUGGGCUGAUGUCAACAAACUGAAGUUUGAGGGGAAAACAUUCUAUGUCAUUGGAAUUCAGAAAGAGGUACGUCACAAAAUCUCUUUUGUGUUUGCAAACACCAAAAAAUAGAUUUUCUAAAUAUAUUUCCUA